AUGCCGCCUCCAGUGAUAACAGCAAGUUUUGCACUACAGUCAUCAGAACAAGGGCCUAUGGCUCGAUCGAAUCGUGUCAUGGUUCAACAACAGCCGCAGAAACCCAAGGGCGGAUAUUACAUCGAAGACCACUCAAUCGUCAAAAAAUAUCCUACGGUAAACCAAUUUCAGCUUGCUUCGUACCACCGGUAG